AUGUCCCUGGGCUCCCUGGUCGCCAACUUGUUCCCCGGUCGAACGCCCAGUAGUCAACAGGAUCGCAACGAAUUUACUGUCGCUGAUGAUGGGCUGUCAGCAGGAAAGCUCGACUUUGCGGAUGCCAAAUUUGAAGCUGGAGGACUUGGGGCGAAAAAGAUGGCACCGAAAGAGAAUGAAGAGGAGCGACGGCCGCCCUACUUACAUUCUAUGAUUGCUGGAGGACUGGGUGGAACAACGGGGGACCUGUUGAUGCACUCGCUGGACACAGUCAAGACGCGACAGCAAGGUGAUCCGCAUAUCCCACCGAAAUAUACGUCGAUGUCGACUUCCUAUGCCACGAUCCUACGACAAGAAGGAAUACGGCGAGGUCUAUACGGGGGCUGGGUACCGGCUUUACUAGGAUCUUUUCCUGGAACCGUGAUAUUCUUUGGGACCUAUGAAUACAGCAAGAGGCAUAUGAUUGAUUUUGGCAUUACACCACAGCUUGCCUAUCUCAGCAGUGGAUUUCUUGCAGACUUCGCAGCAUCUUUCGUCUAUGUGCCGUCAGAAGUCCUCAAAACUCGUUUACAACUGCAAGGCCGAUUUAACAACCCCUUCUUCAAAUCAGGAUACAACUAUAAAUCCACUGCCCAUGCCGUUAGAACCAUUGUCAGGCAAGAAGGCUUUUCUGCACUCUUUUACGGUUACAAGGCCACGAUUUUUCGGGACCUUCCGUUUUCAGCAUUGCAAUUCACAUUCUAUGAGCAAGCACAGACCUGGGCAAGGGAGUGGAAGGCGAGUAGAGAAAUAGGGCUGCCAUUGGAGCUUACUACGGGUGCUGCCGCUGGUGGACUCGCGGGAGUGAUCACUUGUCCACUCGACGUCGUAAAGACGAGGAUCCAGACGCAGGUCAACGAGACUGUACAACCAGACUCAAAGCAAGCUCCAAUGAGGACGCUAUCAUCUCAUGCGAAAACUGGAUCAACGGUAUUUAAACGACAAAUCAGAACGAUUUCGACUUCUUCUCCUUCAACACAUACUCCACGACCCGGGUCGGUAAAUCUCGACACCUCCUCGGUCUUUACGGGUUUGAGACUCAUUUACAGGACCGAAGGAAUAGCUGGAUGGUUUCGUGGUGUUGGGCCCCGACUUGUGUGGACGAGUACACAAAGCGGGUGCAUGCUCUUCUUGUACCAAAGCAUUUUAAAGGAGUUGGAGCAUUUGGCUGCUCCGAACCAGGUGUCAGCUGUAUGA